AUGGAUUCCUUCAAGCUACUCCAAGGGCCCAUGAGCGCACCAACGGCGAAGAGCAAGAGAAACCCAACGGUGUUGAUGACUGACACCCGUGACGCGCCUCAGAGACGACCAUUGACGCAGAGACAAGACACGGCCCAAUUUCGUCCUGGCGCGAAGCUGAUCUCGGUCGACAACAUCCUCCAGUACGCUUCUGAUAUCCCUUCGGCGCAACGUCGCGGUCCACCUGGCCAUCGUCCCCUGAUGCAUACGCGUACACCUAGCGGGCGUCAUCCGCUCGAUCCCAAGCUCACAGGGCGGCUGAUCCCUGCGCAUAUGCCGUCGCGAACGAGCAAGCUGAGCGAGAAGUUGGUGUUGCUGCCAGAUACGCAGGAGGAUGAGGAUGACGAGAAGGGGGACUUCGAUGACGAGGAGGAGGGUCCGCCCACGGAUGAGGAUCUGGCGAGACGGACCACAAAAGGCGGGCCCAAGGACAAGAGCUAUGCCGAGAGAUUGCCAAAGGCGCGGAGAGCAGAGAAACUUUCGAGGGUCACGGCAUAUUGCACAGCGCAGGCAUACAAAAUGAAGAGUACGGCCGAAUUCGUGAAGACGCAACAUAAUGCGCGGACGAAGCUUUACGACGACUGCCUGUACUGUGUCUACCAUCUUCCGCUCCUGCCGGGAAGCGAUGGCUAUCGCGUACGCAGCAGUCCCGCGCUGAAGAGCCCUGGGGGAAAGACAGUGCUUGACGAAGAAAUCGAAAGGAACGAGCGGAGGGAACACAGUGAGGGAUAUUUCGAGGAUACCGAGGAAUAUAGUGUACGGCAUGGCGACGAGGAAGACCCUGCGCACAGCCCACGUCGCGAGUACGAAGAAUACUCUCCGUCACGAGAUAUACUAGACGGUAUGACCUCACGCGUUCCGCCCAAUGCUUUAUCCUUCGGGGAAAUGUUUGUCUUCUCUUACGGCGUAGUCGUCUUCUGGAAUUUCACCGAGAAGCAAGAAAAGGAUAUUCUCGCCGAUCUCACUUUCAGCACUUCCUCCACUAAUAUCCUGCUUGCCACUCGACCGCUGAACGAAGAGGAUUUUGAAACUGAGGAGUUCCACUUCGAAUAUAAUCCUGACAUACCCAGGCCGAGGGUUUACAAUGAUAUGAUCACCCUGAAGAGCGGAGACCACAUGAUCAAGCUGGCCAUGAGCCAUGCCAUCGCACAAAGCACAAAGCUGAGCCUUUUUGAAGAAGGCAUGGCAAGAACGAUGCUCCAAGCGCAGUAUGUCCCGAAGCGGCUCGCCUUGACUGGAAAAUUGGGCAUGGCGCGGACGGACGUCGUUAAGAUGAUCGGGCAGCUGUUCACCAGUCGCGUGGACGUUAACCUUUGUAAGCCUCUCCAACGUCUCCUCACAGAUGAGGAGAUACUGACUAAUACACUCCUAGCAUCCAACAUGCUUGACACGCCGAAUUUCUUCUGGGACUCGGAGCCCACGCUGCACCCGCUGUACACCGCUGUGCGCGAGUACCUCGAAAUCAAACCGCGUAUUCAGGUCCUCAACGAGCGUUGCAGGGUGUUCCUCGAUCUUGGCGAGAUACUGUCUGAUUCUAUUUCUGACAAAAAGAUGACGAGGAUUACCUGGAUUAUCAUCUUCCUUAUCGUUAUCAGUAUUUGUGUUACAUGUUUAGAGGUCCUCCUCCGCUUUGCAAUCCUCCACGGCAAGGGAAAGGCGGCUGAUGUAGGGAGCCUCCGUCGUACUUCUAUUGCGGGACCUACGCUCCUGGUAGGCAGAACGGUGGCUUGGGGUGUCAGAAGCGUGCAAGGGUCUAUUGGAUCCUAG